AUGUUUCUACAUCAGCUGUCUCCACAAACGGAUGGCAUCAGCACCGAUCACAACGACACAAAAAGCUUCGAGAACAAGAGCGCGGUCCGCAGCUUCAAAACACCAAACUUCGGUGUUUUGUCGCUCAACAACGACAACUCUAAUAGCUUAUCGUUUGCUUCGCUGAAUACCUCGAAGCUAGAGCCUGGGAAGGUCGUUACACCGAUGAAGUCGAAAGAGUCACAGGGAUUGAUGGAUACAUCGUUUGCUGAGAGGAGACGUGAAAGAGGCCAUCAUUUUGUCGAUUUUUGGUUGACCGAAUGGAUGGACUAUUUUUCUGCGGUUUCGCCGACAUCUGUGUGGCCGUCCUCUACACAUUACCCGCGUUUACCCCGAAAAAAACAUUUU